AUGCCGAUCCAUAGUAGACGCUCCGCUUUCUCGCGCCACGUUCUGUUGCCGCUCCUCCUGCUCGUUCUCCCCUUCAUAAGCCAUGUCACCGCGCAGACCAGCGCAAAAACGUACCCGCUGUGCCCGUUCACGCAGCAGCCGCCGGCGAAGCCGAACGUGACGAUGGCGCGGUGCGUGGACGCGUCGGAGCGCGCGUGCUGCGCGGACUGCAGCGACGCGAGCAACGCGCUGCACGGGCUGACGGCGAACCAGACCGUUGUGCUGGAGAUGCUCAAACCCGAGAUCGUCGCCAUCAUCGGCAACAAGGACGUGCAGUUCUGGGUCGCAUCACCCCAAUCCCUCCGCCACCCCACGGUUCCCGCUGUGCUCCCGAUAUCCGCGCGUGUGCAUGUGCGUGUGCGCGCCUUGCGGGGGCGGGCGGUUGGCAGCAAUGCGCGAUAUGGCGGCACGUAUGUGAAGGCGUCGACAGCGACCACUGGCGCGCUCACGGUGUGCGAUGCGUUCGCCACCCAGGUGUACGCCGACUGCAAGAACGGGCUCAUGCGUUUAUGUGUGCAUGGGUGCAUGGUUUCUAUGAUAUCCAUAACCUUGCUGUGUCCUCAACGGCUCUCCUGA